CAGAAGCUCACUUGCUUUCUCUUUCCCUGCUCUACAUCCUGUCUAAUUUCUGGACAGGACUUCGGUUGUUUUGUGGAGUUUCGUUGUGUUUUGUUUGACUCAUCUGCGAGGUUAACAGAAUCUUAACCGUCUUUCCCUACUCGCCCUCUUGGAUCUUCUGUUUUCUCCUGUUGGGAUUUUUUUUCUCCAACCUGACUGCGUGCUUUCCUGUGUGCAUAUCAACCCUUCCUUUUCCCCUCUGCUCUCCUUCUCCUUCUCCUCCCAUCUUCCACCGUUCCCUGUCUCCUUGUGCGUGGUUUUUGGGCUAUGCUAUCCUCACCCACUGUGAUUCUUCAGCCUUAUGGACUGCCUGUCUACCCACAGACAACCACAUGCUACCCCAGCAUAGUUCAGGGAGGCCCCACCCAGGAGGCCGGCCCCGGCAGUGGCGACCCCGCCCUGCCUCAGGUCUACGCCCCGCCUCCUUCCUACCCCCCUCCAGGUCAAGGUCAGCCAGCAUCUGCAGGCAGACUGCCACCUCUUGAUUUUAGCUCUGCGCAUGCCAGUUCAGAGUACCCUGAACAUCCCCAGCUCAGAGUCUAUCAGGGCCCCCAGCACGACGGGGCGGAGACUCUGACAUCCAGCAACACGGAGGAAGCGUUGGUACCUGUGACCUCUGACCCCCAAUCUCUGAGCGUGUCGGUGUCGUCAGGGGGCGGAGCGGGAAGCGGAAGUGAAGAGGAAGGGUCAGGUAAGGCCCAACCAAAACGCCUCCACGUCUCCAACAUCCCUUUCCGCUUCAGAGACCCAGACCUCCGGCAGAUGUUUGGGCAAUUUGGCAAGAUCCUUGAUGUAGAAAUUAUCUUCAAUGAAAGGGGGUCCAAGGGCUUUGGAUUCGUCACCUUUGAGAGUGCAGCUGAGGCUGACCGAGCACGAGAAAAGCUGAAUGGAACGAUCGUGGAAGGGAGGAAGAUUGAGGUUAAUAACGCCACUGCAAGAGUAGUUACCAAGAAGCCCCAAACACCUCUUGUGAACGGUGAAAUUUCAACUUCUGGAUGGAAGAUCAACCCUGUCAUGGGGGCGAUGUAUGCACCUGAACUCUAUACAGUUGCCAGUUUCCCAUACCCUGUAGCCACUCCUACUCUGGCCUACAGGGGCUCUGCGCUGCGUGGCCGAGGUCGAGCCGUCUACAACACCAUUCGCUCUGCUGCUGCCACACCUGCUGCUGUGCCUGCCUACCCUGGGAUGGUAUAUCAAGAUGGACUGUAUGGAGCAGAAGUCUAUGGCGGCUAUCCUGCAGCUUAUAGAGUGGCUCAAUCAGCAUCUGCUGCCACGGCAACCUACAGCGAUGGAUACGGACGGGUUUAUGCCACAGCUGCAGAUCCCUAUCACCACUCAGUUGGACCAACAACAACAUAUGGGGUUGGUACAAUGGCCAGUUUGUACAGAGGAGGAUACAACCGCUUCACCCCGUACUGAGACGCCCCAAAAGAAGUGCAAAAGAAGUCUCCCUUGAACUCUGGGACUGGCUGAUCCGUGAUAUGCUGCAGGACAGGUUAUGAGAUCCUUCAUCUUUUUUUUUUUUUUUUUUUUUGGGGAAAUGUGGGAAUGGUUUUUACCUCCUGUCUCCAUCACAACCUCUCCCCCCCGAGAGACUAAACAGACUGAAGCUGUAAAUACUGUAGGACUGUUCUUUCUACUGAAGAAUACUUAUAUCACACGGAAGAGGAUGAUAUGUAAUAUAUAGACAGUUGCGUAAAACCUUUAACUGAUUAUUGUUUUCUGAAUUUAAAGAGUAUUGAUGUUGGUAGAUCGCUAACACUACAGGGUUGGUGAAAAAUACUGUGAGAAUUCUUUUUUUUUUUGUGAUUAAUAUCUGAGAUUUUUUCAAGUUUCACGGGUCAAGCUGUACAAAAAAAAGAGAACAUUUUGUACAAUGUUAAAUGACAUAUUUUUGAUGACAAAGAUUUACUAAAUCUCUCUAUUUAAGCGUGUCUGUCUGUGUGUGUGUGUGUGUGCGUGCGUGUGUGUGUGCGUGUGUGUGUGUGAGCAUAUGAGUGAGGUUGCAUCAGCACUGUUCAGUUAAUCCAGUCGGAUGAGAGACAGCUGUGACACUGGUAUCAUUAUGACUCUUUUUGGCCCGCUGAAGUAUGACAAACGCAGAACUAAUGUUUGUCUGGAUUGUCUGCGGUUGGAAUUUCAUUUGUUUUUGCCUCUCUAACAAUCUACCUCUCAUACGUUUCUAGCUUUUCAUACAGCUGGCAGAAUUAAUCCUGCGUCGUUUUUUUUCUCUUUCUGUCCAUAAAUCCAGACUAACAUAGUCUAGUUUCUGUUUCUGUGGCUCUGUAUCUCAUCUCUUUUACUCACCCUGGAAGGUUUUAUUCUACCGAAUUGCUUUGAACCCUGUUAUGUGUAUUCACAACUGGGAAUUACAGUAAAAAAGCAGCCUUUUGCUGUUGGCUUUAACACACAAUCUGAAGAUUUAUUACUCAAAGGCACCUCAUCAGUAGAAAUGACAUUUUCUGACUCGAGACUACUUCUCUCAUCUGUACGCUGCUGUCAAUCCCACAAAACAUUUUUUUUUCAUUCAAACUCUUGUCUAACGUCGCCUUAUUUCUCUAUUUGCUGCCAUCUUUUCUUGUAUUUUCUGUCUCCUUCCUCACUCAGAGCUGUUGAAUGAUUUCUCGACUACUAUUGAUGAACUCUUCUUGUCUUUGUUUCUGUCGCACUCUGUGCUGCUGUGUUUGAUGUUUACCUCUAAAUAAAGCUGU